ACGGUGCGCGCGCGCAGUGGACGCGACAGUUGAACUAAGUGCAUAGCAGCAAUGUGGUGGUUCUUAGUGUUUUGUGUUAUUGCUGUUCAUGGACAAAAUGUUACUGAAAAUGAAGAACCACCACAAUCGAUAUUCGACUACCACUCGAUGCCGGCGCUAUCUGAGCUGGAUGACUUCGACCUUUGUUUGAAGGACCCUGAAGCUGUCUACUGCAUCACAGACCUGGUACUCAUGGAAGAUGAUACGCCACUGUAUCAGUUCAUCAAGAAUUUCUCAUCGCUCAGCUACAAGAACUAUGAGCACACGAAACUCCAUCGAGGAGUGUGUGCCUCCCAGCAUUGUGCCAUGAACACCUCUCAUGCUGACGCCGGUAACUCCACUGCUGAUGCUCUGAAGGACUGCCUCAAUGCUACUAUACAUCAAGGGUAUGGAUUGCAGGUGGAAUCCCUAUCGGUGAGGUACUGCAAGACCCAGAAUGACUACAAACCACCUGAUGUCCUGGACUACGUCAUAGGAGUCCUAUUACUGGCUCUACUACUGGUCAAUCUGGGAUGCUCGUUCUAUUACUUCUUCUCGCCCGUUGAGAAGGAAAAAGCUAACAAAUUUAUGCUAGCUUUUGCCAUUCAAAAGAACUGGAAAGCUUUGAAAUAUGGAGGCAGCGCUGAAGGUGGAAUCUUCAAGUGUUUCCAAGGAUUAAGAUUCUACACCAUGGUGAUGAUUCUUGGACUUCAUUCAAUGAUCUUCAUCGGCUACGGCUACACGGCGAACCCUGAGUUUAUUGAAAAUUCCUACGACGAUUUCUUCAAAGCCCUGCUCUUCAACGCUCGCGUCAUCGUGCAGAUAUUCUUCGUGAUGGGAGGGUUUCUCAUGGCGUAUAAGAUGCUGGUGUAUGCUGAAACCCACCCCUUUACCCUGAAGACUGUGCCUAUGGCUCUUGUUAAUAGAUGGCUCAGAUUAAUGCCAGCAGUCCUAGUAGUAAUGGGCCUAGCUAUGACAUGGGUCCCACACAUGGGCUCAGGCCCCAUGUGGGACGCGGUAGUGAAGAGGGAGCGAGAUAUGUGCCGCAUGAACUGGUGGCAGCUGGUCAUCCUCAGCCCUAACCUGUUUCCGUUUGAGCAUCUGUGCUUGCCUCAGGCUUGGUACCUCGGCACCGACACCCAACUCUUCCUCAUAACGCUGGUCGUGCUCCUUAUCAUCUGGAGAUGGCCCAGGAGUGGGGUACCAGUGCUGUCAGCCGUGAUGGUCAUCAGUCUUCUCAUACCCUUCUUGCAGAGCUACUUUAUGAACCUACUACCGAUUAGGGUCAGCAUAUUCCCGGAGUCUAUAAGGGAUAUUUUCGGGUACAAUGAUACGUUUUACCAUGCGUAUGUGUCUGCUCAAGGCAAUUGGGCUGGUUAUCAUCUAGGAGUACUAACUGCGUACUUCUAUCACAAGGCGCAGCAGAAGAAAUGGGAUCUUAGAGAAUCUAUGUGGAUGAAGCUCCUCUGUCUCAUCUCCAUCCCCGUGGCCGGUGGUACCGUCCUCAUGGGAUGGGACUUGCACCACCGUGAGGCAUCAGCCUUCGAGUCAGCCAUCUUCAAUGCUUUGAACCAGAACUUCUUCGCUCUAGCUAUCUGUGUGUUCAUCAUUGGUUACUUUUAUAGGUGUAAUAGAAUCUAUGUGGCCUCCGUAGAAUGGGGUCCCCUACAACCCCUGGGCAGGAUGUCAUACUGCGCCAUGUUGCUGCACGCGACGGUGCUCAGGACUUAUGGAGGACAGAUGAGGAGAUCCUUCUAUGCUACUGAUUAUACUGCUAUAAUGCUCUACGCCGGUAUCGUAACAACAACCUACAUCUUCGCGUUACCCCUCUACCUCUUCGUGGAAGCCCCAGCGUGCCAGCUUCAGAAACUCCUACUAGGACCCAAGAGGAAACCUCAAGAACGAAAGGAGAAAGAAGAUUCAAACGCUAACCAUGUCAAGCCUGGCAUUUCUAACGUCUCUGUGAAUACAGUCUCUACGCAUAUAUAGAUAAGAUCGCUUUUUGCGUAGCUGUAGCAUAGUUUAAGGCAGCGUUCAAACCAAACUGACUGACAGCUGUCAAAUGUCAGUGUCUAUGCAUGCUACGCAUAACAUUUCAUCAGUUGGAUGUGAACGAAAAAGUGAAUAUGUAUGUAAAUACAAUAAAUUGCGUAACAUUCGACGGCUAACAGUCAGUUUAGUUUGAACACAGCUUAAAUACAUUCUCUUUUAAACAGUGAAGCUACGUACUAACGUUCGUAACAAUGUCACUCACAUACGCAUGUGCUCAAUGCACGACACUCAGUACUGACAACACCGAUAGCGCCGGUGAAAGCUCUUCGAUGCACAUGCUUGUGUGAGGGACAUUUUUACGAACUUCAGUACAGUCAACUUCAGGUCAGUGGUAACAGUUUUAUAGGAAAAUCGUACUUAUUACUAUUGAGUUAAGGUGCAUGACAGUUACCACUGAUGUGCAGUCUACCGUACGUAGCUUUACAACUGUACAUCUUUAUUCUGUGGCUGUAGAUAUUUUUUUGGAAGUAUGAUGAUGAGCACUGAAUAUUUUCUUUUCUAGUUAUUUAAUUGGUUUUGGAGAUUUCAGGCUUUUGCAUAAAUUGUCUUCAUAAAAGGAGAUUAUUAAAAUUAAUUUUAGAUUCACUUGCUGAUUGAACGAUUUUUGUAAGCACUGCUUUGUAUUCUUUAGUUUGAGAUUUUUAAGGAUUGUUACUGAAGGCCUUUACACAGUUUUGCCAGCAGAAAAAAUACAGCCGCUGCAGCCGGAUGUGUAAAUGUCCUUAGUAGGUAAAAGUAGAUUUUAGAGAUAUUAGGAUAAUAAGCUUGUGAAACCAAGAAACACCAAGUACCUUACAAAAAAUGUUACAAUAAUCAGUCAAUCAAUUUUUUUUUUUAAAUGUAGUUGAUCUUAUAUUCUUAUUUCUAGUGAAUGAAGUUUGUCAUUUUGACUCUACUUUAUCAAGCUUUAAAAUAGUUUUGAACAAAUCCGUGUUGGCAUAAGGGCACAGCUUGUACGAUAUACAUCAAAAAGUCUUGUAUGUAAUAGCUUUAGGUGGAUCUCACACUACCGCGCACCAUAACGCGUAUGUGGAGUCGAGAAAAUCGCGAUUUUUAUUUGUAUCCUUUUAAGAUUAUAUCCUCAUCAUUGUCUGAAAACUUCCACUAAUGGACUUUUGGUGACUUUCAUUUAUUCUUUUGUGUCCCACAAAAUUGAUAAUAACUAAAAGUUUAAACAAAUCAUCUGGUUAAGAGCCAAUUGCAUUACAACAUGCCGUUUUUUUUUACUAAACCACGAAACAGCGUUUUUUUUUAGAUAAUAAUGAAGAUUUUCAAAAUCUUACCAUGGCACGAUCGUACGCCUUAAAAAUAGUAAAAAAAAAUUACAGUCUAUAUGGAAUCGAAGCAUUCUUAGAUGUAGUGUGGGAUACACCAUAGCAUUAUGAAGACAACAGAUGUGCCCUUAUGGUUCCGUCUAUGAAAAUCAGUGUAUUAAAGUACAUACAUAGAUGUUAAGAAAAUGUAUUAAGAUUGUAAAGAUAGGAAGACUUUGUA